GGAGGAAGAGGAGGGAGAAGGAGACUGGAAUGCGUUCAAUGAUGUCAUUAGCUCUGCAUGCAUGUAUUGCUAAUCCGCUAAGUUUCACUCCGACGCAUUUAAUAGAGCAUGCAUUAAGGUUUAUUAUUAUUAUUAUGCCUGGGUUCUGUGCGAAGCUUUAAGAAGAAACUCCGCCUGCUUUAACGUUAUUUACACCACUGCCCUUUUAAUCAGCAGGAAUAUAAGUGAAAAGUCCCGACAGCACAGAUUUAUUAACGCAGCUCUCUGUUUAGUCCUCAGCGGGAAGCUGGUGAGUUUUCUUCUACCCUCGGUUGCUGGGAAACAAGUUAGGCGGAACUUAAAUGAGUUUUCAUUGUUGCGUCCGGACGUUCGAUCCCGUUGCACAACGCGUCCUUGAUUUUACUAGAGGUGAUAGUUGAUCGUCCGAGCGCACGGCUGGUGGAUCACAAGGAAACAGCAGGCUAUGGAUCUUCCAGAGGAGGCGAAGGUUCUGCCUCCUCCGUCGCUCUUUAACAUGCACACGGCGUACUUCGGUUUCUUGGGCUGGUUCACCGCCAUAAUGGACAAUGCUUUCAGGCAAAGGCCUCCGCUGAGAGCAGGCGUUCAUCGACAAGUUCUCCUUACAACAAUCUGCUGGUGCUAUGGCUAUCAUCACGUAAAGCGUGCAAAUUACAUUGGCGCCAAACGGGAUCGAGACAUAUCGGGGUACAUUAAACUCCAUCCGGACAGAUUUCCACAAAAAGAAAAAAAGACCUUUGCAGAGAUUGUGGAGCCAUUCUUUCCUAUCCGCUAAGUGUGUGUGGCUGAUGAGAGGAGGGAACAGAGGGAACAAAGGACAAACAGUAACGACUUGAGCUACCUGUUUGUAAAGUAUAGAUGUGUAAAUAAAAAAUACCCAACCUA